AUGGAAGUCCAUGUGGAAAGUGCAAAUCCUGACAUGUUACCCAAGUCCUGUUAUGUGAGUGUGCGCGUGGGUGAAGUGCUCAAGCAAGGCAGAUACGAACCUCAGAGAGCCUAUACUUUCCCAGCAAUCGAUCGCCGGCGCGACGUGCGCAUCGACGUCUACCAGCACGUGGGUAGUUGCAUCCUGUCGGCCGAGCCGGACAGCGCUUCCAUUCACGAUGUCUUUGCCACCAGCACCCACCCGGAUUUCCCGGCCAUGAAGUUCAAGGUGAGUAUGUCCACGCGGUCCGAGGAGGUUCAAAAGUCCAAGACCGAUAGGGCUGCCAAGAUGAAAGGGAGAGCCAAGGAGUAUCUGGGAAAGCAUCGAAUCGAAGAAAAGCUUUCCGAAGCAGUCAAGGCCUUGCUGAAGGAGCAGCCUGCUGAUGCUGUCGACUUCGUUUGCAAAUACUUGGCAGGCACAAAGAAAGACUCGGAGAAGGAGAAGCAGCUCCCACCCUUGGCCUCCGGCAGCACCAAGGCCGCCUCCCGGCCCCUGCAGAAGGACAAGGAGCCGGAAAAGGUCGGCGAGGAAUCCUUUGUCACCAUCGACGGGACAGGGCCACCAGCCGCAAGCGAAGCUGAGGACCCACGAAACGGCGACUUGCCAGCAGUGCGAUCGCAAGUUUGCCAGCUCCUCGUCGAGGCCGCGGAAAAUGGGCAGCUGGAGUCGGCUCUGAGGGACGCAAAGACCGACCCGCAGGAGGCAGCAGCUAUGAAUGGAGUCCGAAUGAAGACAGCGAACCUUCUCAUGCAGGCGGCAGACAAUGGCGACCUGGAAGAGGCCAUACGUCAGAUCCAGGAAGGACCUCAGAACGAUCAAGUCCGUCUCAAGGUGGCCAACUUGCUUAUGACGGCUUCAGAAAACGGAGACCUGCACAAGGCUCUCACGGAGAUAAAGGAAAACAAAACUGGCGACAAGAACAUGAGUAAGGACGAGGCGCGUGAAAGAGCCGCCGGCUUGCUCAUCGAGGCUGCAGAGAACGGGACGUUGGAGCAGGCGUUGGCCGAGCUCAAGACCCGGACAGCCGACGAGCUCACCACGAGGGUUGCCAAGGCCCUUUUCGAUGCCAUGCAGAACGGAGAGCUGGAGAAGGCCAUGGCAGCAAUGCCGACGGACACGGCUCUGACCGAGCCUGUGCCUGAAAAUUCAUCUCAGCCCGCCGCAGAGGCGGAGACCCCGGCCGCUUCGGACCCAACUCCAGCCGAUCCAGCUGCGGCUGAGCCGGAAAAGCCAUCCCAGCCCACCAAGGAGCUUGAGGGAAAGGCCGAAGUCGUAGAAGAAACCAACGCCUCCGGGAACGCAGCGUAG